GACUACACAGAGCUCAAUGGAGAAGGAUGCAUUAUCACCAGCGAUAUUGCUCAAUGACACUUUGUUGCCCAUUACAGCAUGCAAGCUUUGCUACAAUCAACAGCUAUCAGUGUGGUUAACCUAGGAUUGCAGCCAAGUCUAGAAUUUCUCUUGGUAUCCUUGUUGGCUUUACAAAGGUUGUUUAUAGAUUUCUUGACCUGUUUGGGAUCAUUUGACGAACUCCACUCGGAAGUGGAGCUCACAGUUCACCCAUAAUCAGGGUGGGGGAACACUCGUAUUAUCUGCUUUGGCACAUGGUCCUCUUCAUACCUACUAAUCAAAUCUGUGAUGGAAGUGGCAAACUCUUUUAGAUUGGCUGCAGAGUCCUUGAAGAUGGACCUGUGCACUGACUCAAAGCAGUUGUGAAGGAUCUUAUUUAUUUCAUUAAACCAGUCCUACAUUACUGUUCUGGAUCCUCCUGUUUCAGGUUCAGCUUGUAAGCAUGAAAUAGGAGCGCAGUCAGGUGGUCAGAUCUUGCAAGAUGCGGGCUGGGGGGGGUGAAGUGGUAGGAAUUCCUCGAUGGUCGAAGUGUUUCAGUCCCAAAGUGGGGUCAAGGAAAGAGCGUUCACGUCGUGGCCCUGUUUCCACCAAUCUUUCCGCCACUACGCACAAGAAGUGCAAGAUGCCAUUGUAUGCAGAUGCCAAGAAGUGUGUUCAGCUCUGGCUGAACAAUUUCUAAUCUUGUGAUGUGAACUCGAUAAGAAGUCCCAUGGUGGAGGGUGCAUCUUUUGAUUUAGUUGGUUGCAAACAUCUCUCCUGAUCUUUGCUCUCUGUGGCAUAUCACAAAGAUCAGAACUUCCUUCUCCUCUAACUUCCACCUCAACUUUCAAGUGCUGCCUGUCCCGCUGAGUUACUCCAGCUUUUUGUGUCUCUCUGAAGUGCAGAAUGAUAUCUGAUUUCAAAAUACUGAUAAUGGGCUAUUGACAUAAUUUGAAGUAUCAUUCGUUUAAUGAUGCAAAUAAAACGGAACAAAAUAAACACACACACUUCCUUUAGAGGUAUUAAACAGCAAGUAAAUGGAUAAACAUACCUAAAUAUGUUUAAAUAUUACGAAUUUGAGGUCAGUAAUAUGAUUACGGUGAACUCAAUGUCACAGCUGAAUGUGCGUUAAGGAGUCUGUACAAUAUAACGUGAGGAAAUAACUACAAAUGAACGCGAGAAAAAAUAGAGGGCUGCAAAUAAGUGGGAGAAUAAGGGAGGGGGUUAAAGAUUCAAGAGGAGAAUGUACCUACAAUAAAGGCGGCUUGUAUGGGGAAAGAGACAAGCGCUGUAUCUGGUGAGCCCGCGAGUGCAGCUGAUCCGCAUUAUGGCGAAAGUGGACGCCUGGACGAGGAGAGCCGCAACAUCUCCAAUGUACCGCAGUGAAGCCGAGUGCGGCAACUAGCAGCGAGCAGCACUCUUCCCCGGCGAUGUUGCCGCAGGGAUCCCGCUGCUGAUCACAGCUUCUACUGCUCCCCCGCAGCCGGCGCCAGUUCCAGUUCCCGGGCUGAGCAGGUGAGCGACCCGCCGGCGUAAACUCCGAAUGAUUGAGGAGUGCGGAAGGAGAGGGAAGACCAUGGUUGAGAAGAGGCAACUAUUUAUGGAUAUGAGGGCCCAAAACUAUGAUGUAAUCAGACUUUCAACCUAUCGGACAGCAUGCAAACUACGAUUUGUGCAAAAAAGAUGCAAUCUCCAUCUUGUAGAUAUAUGGAACAUGAUUGAAGCAUUUCGGGACAAUGGCCUCAACACCUUAGACCAUAGCACAGAAAUUAAUGUAUGUCGAUUAGAGACCAUCAUUUCAUCUAUCUACUACCAGCUGAAUAAACGCCUUCCAACCACCCAUCAAAUCAGUGUGGAACAGUCCAUCAGCCUGCUCCUCAAUUUCGUCAUUGCAGCAUAUGACAGUGAAGCGCAUGGGAAGUUGACCGUUUUCUCAGUCAAAGCGAUAUUGGCAACAAUGUGUGGAGGAAAAAUCUUGGACAAACUUCGAUAUACUUUCUCACAAAUAUCUGACUCCAAUGGAAUAAUGAUGUACAUGAAGUUCGACCAAUUCCUCCAAGAGGUUUUGAAGUUACCCACCGCUGUAUUCGAGGGCCCAUCUUUUGGCUACACAGAACAUGCUGUACGGACCUGCUUCCCACAACAGAAGAAAAUUAGCUUGAACAUGUUUUUGGAUACAAUGAUGGCUGACCCUCCUCCGCAGUGCCUCGUUUGGUUACCACUCAUGCACCGACUUGCCAAUGUGGAAAACGUCUUCCAUCCGGUGGAGUGUUCCUAUUGUCGCAGUGAGAGUAUGAUGGGCUUCCGCUACCGUUGUCAGCAAUGCCAUAACUACCAGCUUUGUCAAACUUGCUUUUGGCGGGGUUAUGCCAGCGGCUCCCACAGCAACCAGCAUCAAAUGAAGGAGCACUCCUCUUGGAAAUCACCGGCAAAGAAGUUGGGCCAUGCAAUUAGCAAAUCCCUUGGAUGUGUACCAAGUCGAGAGCCUCCUCAUCCUAUUUAUCCCGAGUUGCCAGAAAAACCUCUAGAUUUGGCUCAAGUAGUUCCCCAACAACGAUCGUUGCCAAACAUGAAUGAUGCCAUGGUGUCCCACUCAGUCAUUUCUUCCGGAGCACCGACUCCUACUAAAAGGUUACAGCAUGGCCUGGACAUGGCCAACCGGCUGGCUGAUGAGCACGAUCUGAUAGCAGUCUAUGUGAGCCGGCUGCAGAAUGGCACACGUUUCCUGGAAAGUCCCAGCCGACUUGACGAAGAACACCGGCUGAUUGCCAGGUAUGCUGCCAGGUUGGCUGCAGAAGCUGGAAACACACAGCGUUCAACUCCAGAACUGGCCUUCAACUUUGAUGCAAACAAACAGCAGCGGCAGUUAAUUGCAGAACUUGAAAAUAAAAACAGGGAGAUCCUUCAAGAAAUUCAACGUCUCAGGUUGGAACAUGAGCAGGCCUCCCAACAGACUCCAGAGAAAGCACAGCAGAAUCCUACCCUGCUGGCUGAACUGAGGCUACUAAGGCAAAGAAAAGACGAGCUAGAGCAGCGGAUGUCAGCCUUGCAAGAGAGUCGUCGUGAGCUGAUGGUGCAGCUUGAAGGACUAAUGAAGCUGCUGAAGGAUGAGGAACAGAAGCAGGCAGCUCAAGCAGCUGGUUCUCCUCGUUUAUCACCCAGCCAUGGUGCCAGCCGCCCCAUGCCAAUGCCUGUGAGGUCAACGUCUGCCUGCUCCACACCAACCCAUGGACCUCAGGACUCACUGUCUGGGGUUGGUGGAGACGUACAAGAAGCUUUUGCGCAGGGAGCUCGCAGAAAUCUGCGAAAUGAUUUGUUGGUGGCAGCUGAUUCCAUUACAAACACCAUGUCCUCGCUGGUCAAGGAACUCCAUUCAGCAGAUGAAGGUUGUGAGGAUGAAGAGGAAGCAGAGAAGCUGCAGAAUGGAAAAGAAAGGGGCACAGUGACUAUACAAAGAAACCAAUCAUACUUGACUUUUGUUCAGCCAUUUGAACCACUCUUCUUUCAGCUGUUGAAGACAUCAUUGUGUGAAUGUAAAAUAAAUCAGAAACAGCCUUUUGCUGAACAAUAAACUUUCUAGUUCCACUCAUUGAAGGGCUCUGGCACAGGAACACAUUCAUAUCUGUCUUCUACAUCCAGUGCACGCAUUAUUUUCGUCCUCAACAAAUUAUUUCUGUUUUCGUCAUUACACAUUUGUUUUCAGAGUUUUAAUGUUGUUAUGUAUGAAAAUGACAGCAUUGACAUCUCAGUGUUGGUAACUUAAGUAAAUUAACUACUGAAGCAGUGGGAUUAAUAUUGUGUCUUUUGCUGCUAUGUUUUCCAUAUUAUCCUCUGACAAUUUAUGCUUUAAAUAUGUUCUUCAGUGCAUGGAAUGCAUUUUUUUAUUUGAAUGUGCUGAGGGCAGACAAAUAAGGGAAUUAUUUCCGACAUUGCUUAAGCCAGCUGGCAACAUUUAUAUUUUCCAACAAGGUUGCCCUUGCCACCUCAACAUUUCUGAAGUUUGUCUUCAAAUCCAUUACUGUGAUAAAUGCAUCCUUCCAUGGUAUCUUGAUCUACCACAAUGAAAGUCUGCCCUUCACAGGAAACUUCAUGAAUUCAUUUAUUUCUAUGCUUUGAGGCUGAGAUUGAAGGACAGAGAAAGGUGAAGUGUCUGAUUUGGAAAUUGCUAAAUCAUCUGUAGUUCGCAUGUAACUUCUCACUUCAGCUAAUGAAAAAUAAGUGAUCCAGACUUUAACUAGAUAAAGUCAAUUUCCAGCAGAUUCAAAAGACUUUUUUUUUGCAAGCAAGGUUAGAGAGAAAUGGAAACGGGGUUCAAUCCUGACCUCUGGUGCUGUCUGUGUGGAGUUUGCACAUUUUCUCUGUAACCACAUGGAUUUCUGCCCGAUGCUCUGGUUUCUUCACACAUCCCAACACUUGCAGGUUUGUAGGUUACUUGGCCUCGGUAAAUUGUCCCUAGUGUGUGGGGAGUGGAUGCUAAAGAGGUAUAACAUAGAACAAGUGUGAACGGGUGAUUGAUGUUUCGCUUGGGCCGAAGGGCCUGUUUCCUUGCACCACCUUUCAAUUCAAUUCAAUCAAAACUUAUCGCAUCUUUGUUUGAUUUUAAAGUCCCAUAAUAUAUAACCUAGUUUCUUUAUCAUUUCACUUUUGGUAGAGGGCCACAGGUCUGCAAGACUUGUUUAGGCCUUGUCUGUACUUAUGUGAUGAGUAGCUUUCAAAGGUUCAGGCUGGAAUUUUUUCAGAGCUUUUUUUCUGUGUUCACAUUAGUACUGAAAUGCAUUCUAAUCUUUGGCUUUCUGUUGUAAUAGUCUUGAGCAUCCAGGAAUCAGCAAUGUGGGAUCUGGUGGCACAGGUUGACUAACUUUGUAGUAUCAUACUGGGUUUAUGCAACACCUCUUCUUUUAUCCCCUCGGCUGCUUUUGUGUUGUCAAUAUAAAGUUGUGAAAGAGCAGCACUUUGGAAAGACAGUCAUCCAUAGCACAACAGCAGUACUGCAUCCACUGCCCGUCACCCGUAGGCCCACAAAUAUGCCCAAUGUGCCCUCUGUCUAUGCAUCCCUUCCUCUGCCAAAUUCUGAGCGCUUUGCCUUCAACAAACCAAGCCCAACACUCUUAAGGGAGGGAUGAAUUUACUUGAAAUUUAGUCCUUGGGUUGAGUGCCCUUGAGAUCCCCAUUGAAACCCAUCUCUUUGAGAAAGCUUUUAACCAGGCAUUCUGCUAUUCUCUUCUUGCCUGGGGUGCAUUUUCUGUUGAAUUGUGCCUCCAUGAAAUGACUUGCAAAGCAUUCCUAUGUUAAAGGCAUGAUGCAAAUCCAAUUGUUUAAUAUCUGAUUUGUUUGGGUCACCAGGCUUUAAUUCCCAAACCAUCGGCUAAAUAUGCUGUGGUUGGGAAUUGGCAUUCUUCACCUAACACAGCAUCGGAAAUACUCUUUCUGUUUCUUUCUUGAUCACGAAGAAAGUGGAAUAUUAAAGUCGAAGUACACUCCAAGGGCUGAAAGGUUGUUGAGAUAGGUUGAAAGAGCAUGAUAAAUGUCACUGUACGCUCAGAUCUGCAUGACUUAUUGUUGCAAGGGUUUCUAUAUCUUUCAGAUGCUUUCUUUCUACUGUGUAGCUAAAAUAUUCCUCUGCAAGCAGAGGGACUUUAAAAACACAAGCAGUUAGGUAGUCUUGUAGUUAGUUCAAUAUUGUUAAUAGAAAAUGAGUAACUUUAGAAGGGAUUCAGAUAUUUUAAAUGAGGUAGGAAAUCUGUAUAAUAGUAUGGUUAUAAGUGAGGUCAUUCUUCACAUUGAAAUCGGCCACCUUGUAAAUUAUGCAAUUGUAAGUUAAUUUGUAUAGUAUCUAAAAUGUGUUGUGAAUUUCAAUUCAUGAUGUCUUAUUAUGGUUAACUUGUUUUGUGCAACCCACAAUUGUCAUCUGUGAAAGAUGUCUCAAUGUCAUGUUUUACAUUGCAUUGGCUGUUUUUCUCUGGUUGCUGAAAGUAACACAGAUACAAUGAUAAAGGACCAGAUCAACGUUUUUUUUAAAGUUUUAUUUUAUUUGUGGACUUAAUGCCAGUUGUCACCUUUCUAUUUAUUAUGUUGUGCUGAUGUAGUGCCGCAAAAUAAAGUACUGAGUCUUUAUCCUUCAUUCAACCACAAAUAAAGCUGAAUCAUGUGUGUGAAA